AUGGAUGCCACUGAAUGUGAUACAAACUGUUUUCUCAUUAACAACAUCUCUACUGUUUCCUAUCACGUAUACGAACCGGCCACCCCACAAGCAACCACAUAUUCUUCCAAGGCUUUUGAGAUCGAAUCACUCCUCCGAAACGAUGGCAGACUUGUCUAUGUUGACCCUGUUCGACGGGUGCUUUGGUGUUUCCAGCUCAUUGCUAAGGAUGGCAGCACGAUUGGUACCGCAACAAAGCCUGGAGCAACGCUCGAAGUUUCGGGCUUCAAGCUAAAGCUCAUUGAAGAUGGCUCGCUUGACCCGGCGAAUCUCUCCAAGGGCAAAGUAACAGGAGCGAAUGCUAUCAACACGCCAAACAGUUCCUCACCCAGUGUCACUGCUCCGGAGCCAGUGUCAUCCACGGCCCAAGGAUUAGGAGCAACCCCUUCGCAGUCGUCAUUGGGUGGAGGGUCCGAGGUCGAUCAGAAAACCUCGACGUCGUCAAACGCGCUUUCGGAUGUCAAGGGCCAGAGUGUUCCAUCUGCAAAAGAAGUCUAUAAGUGUUUUGUCUCAGCAGUGCUCUCAAGUUUGACCUCAGCGUUCUGUUGUCAAACAGGGGCAGUCAUGCUCAGCCCUGGAUCACUCCUGUUGCCUAAACGUUUGACAUCAAGCGAGGAUGAACCCGAGGCUACCUGCCCUUCAGUUUCUAUUAUGGCGACGUUUCGAAUCUAUAUGACGACUACAGGAUCACUUGUGAUUAGUCUGCUCCACACUCUUGUCAGCGGGCUCGAGUGCGCCAGUCGUUCACUGCCUACAAGUACAAUUCAUAUGAGUACUCCUGUCCUAGCCGCGCCACUUGGUACUUUUGCCUCCUUCCAUGCCCUUGAACAGGACAUGCUUUCAUUGGACAUCAACUCGAUACACUCGCCAGAUACUCAAAUCGUACGGCGAAGGCCUGAAAUCCAAGAUCGUCAGUCUCAGUGGUGCGAGAGGUUCGCCAAGAUCCUUCAGGCUCGAGGUCUAUCCUCAACGUUGCUUGAUGGGGCAACUUGGCUACACCUCCGCCGACAAAGUCGUCACAGGAAGGUUGAUGGAAAGCAAACGCCGAUCGAAAACCCCUCCAGCACUAUUCUCUGGCCUUCCACGCUGUGCUUCUGGAGGGCUUGCUCAAGCCCAGGCCUCGGUCGUAGUACCGCAAACUCAGAGCAGCAGUCGGGCUUCGAUCCCUUGCUUGGGGCGAGAAAAUGGUUCACUCGAAACGGAGAACGGGCCGAGGUGCUGGCCCAGAGGACUCGGGAUCGGGAAAGCCUGUCCUCGCGGCAGGUGGACGCUGAGCACCCCUCUAAUCAGCCCAACGGUCAUUCUCCAUUAGCACUGCGGCGCGCAAGCAAUACGGGGCCUCUACCUGGCGCAGCCGGGUCUAUGUAUCCUACACCCCCUGAUGGCAUCCAAAACCCUGUUGGAGUAACGCCAUCCUUCGAUGGGAAUGUCUCCAGUCCCGGUAAUGCUCCUGCUACAGCAGCUGUGGCCGAUCCCGAUAUCACCAUGGGACAAGCUGGCAAUACUGCUGAUAGCUUUGGCGAGGGAUGGGAUGGACCAAAACGGGAGAGGCAUAGUACCUCAUUUAUGGACGACCCUGACAACAUGUUCGACGACAUUGGCACGGACAUGUUUGCCGACAAUGAUAUCACGGAUGCCGAUUUUAAUUUUUUCGAUGAGCAGCCUGAGGUCACAGGCCUCGACUUCCCAAUGCCCGAUAUCCCACCUGGCCCAGAGCAGGUUCAGAACAUUGAUCAUAGUGUAGAGCCAAUCUUGCGAACGUCUCGCCCUGUCGCCGAACCUGCUUUAAACCCACCCGCGGACACUCCGAAAUUUGCCAAACCGGAAUUGAAGCAUGCCCGAAGCAGUCUACAAGAUGAUCUCCAAGCCAGAGCCAAUCUGAACGAGGAGCCGACCGUUCCACCAACAGUCGGAGUGAAGCGGCAACCGAGUCCAUUCACUCCUGACAGUGUGUUCAAACGCAUCCGGGCUGCGAUGGAUAGCCCCCUUAACAAUGCGGCAAACACAAACCACGGCGGUCGUCGAAGAAGUGUCUUUGAUAGUGUAGACUUCAACUCGUUCCUGACUCUCAACAACAAGAAAUAUGAAGAGAAUGGGCGAUUUGAGUGUCAUUGGGAGAAACCAACGCCGUCCAGCGCCGAUCCUUCAGCGGACAUUCCAACAACUGCCUAUCUACGCCGCCAUGGGGGUGUUCAAAGCUAUCUGAAAAUCCCUCCCUCCACACUUGGUGCGGUGGUUGGCAGAGGAGGAGGUGAUGAACAGGGAGCCGUGUCCAAGUUUGCUGAUUCCGACGCCGACGAUGAUAGUAUCGUUUCAGAACUCGAUGAUGCUAGCCACAGUAUUCAUGACGUUCCUUCCCCAUCGAAGUCGUCUGUCGCAAGGAAACGGAUCGACGACGACGCCAGCUCUUUAGCUGCCUCUUUCAAGGAGCUCGAGGCCGUAUCUGCUUCACCGCAAGCCGCUGAUAUUUCUCGGUUCCUAAGCAAUGACCCUACCGACCUCCAGCUUUCUAAAUACUUCGCUGAGCCAGAUCUUCCACCAAUCCAAUAUUCAUUCUCGGACGACGAAUAUAUAACAAUUGCUCAGAUCCUCACGGAGCAAGUUGUCAGCGGCACGUUGAAGACCAGGGACCCAGUACCUGGCCAACUGGACCUGCAGAAUGCUCGGAGGGCUGUGGCUAAUUGUGCACGAUCAUCGCUGCAGACCGUUCGUUCAACAUUUCCAUCUUCCCUCGCCAGCGCGCUCGAAAUCGCCUUCAGAUCUCUUGUUGAAGUCCAGGAUUUACCAACUCUGCCGCAACCCACCCGGCUGCAGCCCCGAAAUCCAGCAGGCGCUGAACAAACCAGGCCAAGUGUGUUCCAGAUCCCAUCACCCCAUAUCGAGAUCAGGCGGCAUGAGACAAAACUCUCACUCGUGCCUUCUUCGAUUACUUUCUGGGAAGUGCUGGGUCUUGGACCAUCUCCGGGAAGCAAGGACAUCCGCUCGUCAUGCGUGUUUCCCCAGGGCGAGGGAAUGUCCGAUAGUGUGACCUCGUUCCUUGACCAGAAGCGAAUCGUCUACGAAGCCCUUAAACUUGGAUCAUUCGACCGGCUUGCGGACUCGGCCGGCAUUACUGGUGGUCUUGUUCCGUUCGAAACUGAGCCACCAGUCUCUUCGCCGAAUUCAGCUGGCGGAAAAGAUGCGCCUCCCAUGAUGGAACGGAUGAGCCACUUGUGCCAAGCACUUGCUAGUCAAUCCGUCAGCAACAAGAACUUUCUCGUCUACUUUCUCUACUCUGCGGAAGAUCCACGUUCCAUGGUCGAAUGUUGCGCUGCCUUCCAUCAUUUAUUCGAGCUGUAUAAGAAGAAGCUCGCGGACAAAAAGACAAAUUCGACGAACGAUCUAGUCAUGCAGCUAGUGCCUCUGGACUUGAUCGCAUCACCACAAUCGCCCGUUGUCCUCAAGCAUGGCGACUACAUCAAGUUGUCCCUCGAGACUUAUGACCGAUGCACGCUCUUUGACGGCACGAUGCCGGCACCUGCAAUCUGCCUGGAGCAGCUUCCGCCCCGCAUGAUCGAUUUCAAGCUGACAAUGACGCCAUCGGCAAACCUGCUCCACGAGAACUCUUGCAUCCAUAUCGCAUACGCUCAGAGCGUCGAUGGAAGGUGGAUCACAGCGGCGUGGACCGACAACAGAGGGAGCAAGCAGAUGACUGCGUCAUACUGCCUUGGCAGGAAAGGCAGGCCUCUUGCUACGCCGAUGGCUGAUGUUGCGCACGAGAUCUGGGACACGACGCAUGAUUUAAUUUCAAUGUGGAAGGUUCACUGGAGGGUCAUCAUCACAAAGUGCGCGCCGAUGGAGAGGGAGGAGAUUGACUACUGGGUCGAUCUUGCAAAAGCUGAGACUAAAGCGUCUAUCACCCUCACAAUCCUGACGGUGGACACGGACCCGUCACUACAACUGCUGCCGCCAGCGGUCAAGAUGCCGGUGUCGGCGUCGUCUGUGUUCUAUACCACACCAGUGUCGACCCCUCAGGCCUCGAUAGUGUCUCCCGAACAAAGCGGCAACCCGCCAACCCCUUCAAUGGCGGCUGCGACCUCUGGCGUCACAGCAACCACGCCCGGCACGGGCGAUGCCGCCACCGAGAACGACGGCGACACUACCUUGGUUGACGUGACCGACAGCACGUGGGGUGCCGUGCUGUCUCAUAAACUCCAAAACACCUCUGCGCCCGGCGAGAUCAACCCAGCCCUCAUCAGCGGAUAUCUCAUCAAGCGUGGAGGCACCCGGCCGGAGGACCCUCCGGUGGUCAUGGAGGUCAACGUCGUGCACGCCGAGCACAACCCGAGACUGUACGAGACCUUGCUUAGGGAGAUGUUGCUGUACUUCAGGGGGCUCGGAACGUUGGCGAGAGCUCGAAAUAUUGUGGACUCGCGGACAGAUAUCCGGCCUUGGCACAUCGCUGCGGCGGAGAAGGCGGUCCGGCUUUUGUCGCAAUUGAUGUAG